ACCAACUGUCCCACAAUGCAAAGGCCACCGGUGACGCUAUCAGACGGGCGCCAGCAGCGCUGCGAGCGGGGACCGCCUUGGACCCCGCCGCCUCCCACCCUGUCGCCUCCGUCGCCGCCGCCUCCGUGGGGCCCUCCGUGUCUGCGCAGCGCGGCCCGCGGCUCCCGGAGGAGCAGCCGAGCGCGGGGCCCGGCGCAGGCGCGGGGCGCUGCCAUGGCGGAUGGUGCGGGAGCUGGCGCGGCGGGCCAGGCCUCGGGGCCGGCGGCGGGCUCGAGUGGGGCAGGGGGCCCGGUCAACCCCGCUUCGCUGCCUCCCGGAGACCCGCAGCUCAUCGCUCUCAUAGUGGAGCAGCUCAAAAGCCGUGGCCUGUUCGAUAGCUUCCGCCGGGACUGUCUGGCCGACGUGGACACCAAGCCAGCUUACCAGAACCUGAGGCAAAAAGUGGAUAAUUUUGUGUCAACGCAUCUGGACAAACAAGAAUGGAGUCCUGCAAUGAACAAGAACCAGUUGCGAAAUGGGCUGAGGCAGAGCGUGGUCCAGUCAGGCAUGUUGGAAGCAGGAGUGGACAGGAUCAUUUCCCAGGUGGUGGACCCCAAACUAAAUCACAUCUUCAGGCCACAGAUAGAGCGAGCAAUCCACGAGUUCCUGGCAGCCCAGAAAAAAGAAGCUAUGCCAGCUCCCCCUCCAGAACCUGAAAGUCAGGACCCUCCAGUGCCGUCCCAAGACGCUUCCUAAGAAUAUGUCUGAUACCUUUGGAAAACUCCAUUUAAUGAAGAAAUGGAAUAGAUUCCUGUUGCAUACAAAUAUAACUUGAGUCGACCAUGUCACUACUUAUGUCAAGAUUUUGGCCUUGACUGGGGUGGUGUCCAUAUUGGAUGGAGCUCAUGUGUUGUGCAGCCUUUGACCAGCCUGUCCAAGGGACCGACCACAGUAGACACUACAGAGGUUUAAGCACUACAUGACUGUAUCCUGAACAAACCUCUCUACUUGAACACGGACCCUGCAUGUGGAUGUUAGCACUUGUGCUCUGCGGUGAGCAGAAGCCAGGCCGCAGCUAACAGGUCAGGGCAGCAAAGGGCAAUGGGAGCAGCUGGUAUUGUUGCUAGAGUUACAGGCUGGAAUGUGCAGCAGUUAGCCUCAGUAGCCCUAAGGUUGUUGUGACCUUCCUGUGCUUGGAGAGUUUAGUGGUUUCCUUUCUCUUGUCAGCUUGGAGCCCUGGCGUGAGUGAGGAAGCUGAGACUUGGGGACAAGGAAAGCCCCACUGUCUCUGUCCUGGUGUCUCACUGGCUGUAGGGGCGAGCGAUUCACCCUGGGUGUGGUGCUCGGUUCUCACGUUUGUGUUUUUAGAAGAACAACCGUUAAUAAAUAGCAGAUGUUUUACAAUAAA